AUGCUUUCUCAUUACACUCCUUCUAAGAAAUUAUCUGAACAAGCUCAUACCACUUUUAUGAAGCGAUAUUCAUCCGUUUUGAAAAGUCAAAAACCAUCUCAUAGUGCUCGAAAUGUGUGGGAAACUACUCAAACAUCUUUAGACAGGCAGUCUCGACAAUCAAUGAAAAAUUCAAAUGAUGUUAAUUCGAUACAUUUACCAAAAGUAACACGACGUGCAAGAAAACAAACACUGUUUCAACAAGAAAUUCAAUCAUUAAGAAAAUUAUUGAGAAAAUUACACGUACAACGAACAGCGGCUGAACAUAAUGAAGUAUUUCAAAUAUUAAGUCAAUUUGAACAGUUUAUGAGUCUAGAUCAGCCAGAUAUUCUAAAACAUGCUGUUCAAAUAGCACAUAUUGAAGUAUGUUCUGAAAGCAAACAACCAGUAUUAGGUUCUACUGGAUUUUAUUUAAUUUUGAAAGGAAGUGUUAUACCACACUCAGAUCCUUAUAUCAAUUUACCAAAUACAAUUCUUCGACAACCAACACCUACACCAACGACAGAAGUUCGGUUGACUGUAGGUGAUUGUUUUGGUACAUUAAAACCGAUUGAGCAAAGUUCAAAUCCUAAUUCAAGAAUGUUAUGGAUAUUAACGGCCGAAGAAAAUUGUGAAUUUUUAAAAAUACCUGCUGAUGAAUUUCAAGCAUUAACACGUAAAGUACAACAAACAGCUUAUCAAGAAAAAUGGAAUGUUUUACGUUCAUGUACUGCAUACAAAAUGUGGCCCAAACAACAAGCAGAAGAAUUAAUAAAUGGUCUUGAAUGGCUCAGUUUUCCACCAAAUACAAUUCUUGCCAGUGAAGGAUAUCGUUGUCCAUUUAUUGCUUUUAUCAAAGUGGGAGAAUGUCAUAUAUUAAGAAAAGUAGAUGUAAUUAAAACAGCUGAAGAUGGAACAAAACAUCGACAAUUACGACAAGUUGUAAUGGGUAAAAUAGCUGCACCAGAUUCGUUUGGAGAAAUUAGUGUUUUGUUACAAGAAGCAAUGACAUGCACAAUUGUGACCGCAUCACCAUGUCUUACUGAAGUUACACGAAAACUACUGAUUCAUUCUGCCAAACGCACCUAUGCUCAUUUUAAUCAAGAUGAUAUUCGGCAUGAAUAUAUUGAACAAGAAUCAAGAAAAGAAUGGUCUGAUUUGAAAAAAGAUAUAAUUGCAGAUAUAAUUAACAAGAAAAAUAUUCAAGUAGGCAAAGGAAAAUGGCAACAUUCAGUAACUCCUACAACCUCAUUACGUGUAACUAAAUCAUCUAUGAGUACAUUUGUGUAA